UUCAUUUUUAUAAAAAAGAGCAACAGAAACAGAGCGGCUCAAAAAAAAUAAUAAUAUAGAAAUUUUUUAAAAAUAAAAAGAAUCAAAAGUAUGGAAGAAUUUAAUUUAAGUUAUAGGGAAGUACUACCAGAUUUGUCAACUAUAGAAAAAUGGACUGAAGUUUCUUUAAAUACAGGCGGUACACAUAGUACACUACAAGAUAUUAAAGUCGCUGAAAAAUCUGGAGGGUAUUGCUAUAAAGAUAUAUAUUCAAAAGAGACCCAUAAUAGAAAUCGUUUUAUUUAUUGGCGUACAUAUCAUGAUGUCUUAGAAUUAUCAGAAAUUAGUUUAGAUUUUAAUUUGUUUGAUAACAACUUACGAUACAAAUUUACUGAUUCUCCAGUUUUAUCAGUUUAUAUAACAGAAUAUGAUAAAUUUGUUACUAUAUUAGUUACAACUGUGUCAAGUUUACAUAAAAUAAAUUUUACACAUCCAAAUGCUUUCGGUCAUAAAGAAUCUAGUGAAACAAAGUGUUAUUCUAUAUUUCGUGAAGCUAAUACAAAUUCAGUCAAAGAUCCUUCAACUUAUUAUGUUAUUGGUCAGAAUAUAUCAUCAAAUAAUCCAGUUCCUCAUGCAGCAGCAUGUUAUUUAUCAACGAACGGACAGGAAGCUUUUUUCAGUUUAGCUUAUCAAAAUAAUCUGGCUUUAUUUACAAUGAACUGCCAAAAUGGAUUAACUGUUACAAGUGUCUUGAAAGAAACUCAUAUAAUGCCAAGAAUAUUUUCAAAUAUUCGUGGAGCACUAGGUGGGAAAUCGGGGUCCAUCGACUCAGAAUUUGCUACUUCUAUGGUGUUCUCUACCGUCAACGGACAAACUUUCCUCAUGGCCUUAUAUAGAGAUGAUCAUUUAAAAAUGUGGACUACUGCCAGUGCGCAGUGUGUUUCAGUUGUAAAUUUAAUCCGUGAUGGUUCAGAAGACAGGUUACAAGGACCACAAACCAAUGCCUUAAGAAAAAUUAACGACCGCAACUUGUGCGCAUUUCUGUCCCAUUCAAUGAAUUCCGAGUUUGUUUGCAUUAAAAUUUUAUCAGAAGGAAGUACACAUUACACAUUACAAAAAACAAAAGUUAUUCCAGCACCUCAAUCUGAUUUAGCAGAUUUUGAAGUAUCAGAAAAUAAAAUAUGGGCCCUUUGGUGCAAUGCACAAGGAGAAUUUAAUAUUUCAAAUUUUUCACUUACACCUGGCCACAGUUUAAGUUGGAUAUCAGCUGCAAUGGAGCCACCUCCAGAUCGCUAUUGUAUUGACCCAAAUGUUGAUCCCCGGCAAGCUUACUGCUCUUAUAUUUUUCAUCCAGGAAAAUUUGAUCGUUCAGUAAUCUUAAAAGCAUUGGUAAUGUUCCGCCGUUCUAAUAACUUAUUCGAUCCGAAUAUUUCUAUGCAUAUACUGAAAGACCGUGUAUGUCAAGCUGUUGAAGCAGAAAUUCAAAAUGAAAUUAAAGAAUAUGAAAUUGCUGAUGACGAGUACGUAGAAAUUGCAACAAGAUUUUGGGAAAAAUUUUAUUCAUGUUGUGAACAAUAUCAUAUGAAAGCAAGUCAACCAAUUGGAUUAGUAUUAUUAGCUAGUAUAGAUGUUGUUUGUGUUGUAAAGAAAAACACCUUUUCUUUAUUAAGACCUUGCGAGACGUUAGAACAUUUAAUGAUUGUUGGAGAAAAUAUUGAGCUAAGUAAUUUUGUUUUUACGCAUUUCGAUGGAAAUAAGAGAGCUGGAGAAGACUUAAUAAAUCUGGUGAAAAUACUAUCGCAAAUAGAACAAUGGUUACCAGAAGAUGUCAAAUUAGAUUUCGAUAAAAAGUUACAGCAACUUGAAAUGCCGGAUGUAGUGAUUGCAGAUCUAGUCAACGAGAUAUUAUCAGCCGGAAACUGCAAAGAAAUAUUUCCUAGAAAUUUCUUGAUAAAUUUGAGACAACAAUUACAAUCUGUUAGUGAUAUAUGUUCAGCAAUGUUAACUUUGUUAAACAGUUUAAGAAUGGAUUAUGGAAACCCCGAAGCGAUGCAAACCCAUUCACAUUUGGCAGAAUCGUCACGGUUUUUAUUUAUAAUUGGAAAUUUAUUUGGGAGUAAUAUUGGAAUUUCAAUAUUAUCUGAAUCAGUCCGACAGACCUCUUUGAUAAGAUAUGCUUUGUGUAGAAAUUUGCUAAUAUUGCAACAAAUUUUGAUUGAUACCAUUUCGCUUGCUUCGGAUGUUUUAGAAACAAUUCGCUCGAAAUUUAUGCCAGAGGCGGUAGUAUUUGUUCAAUCAUAUUAUGUCAUGAUCUGGAUUUGCGAAAGGCCUGUUAAUUUGAAUCACUCUUCCUCUUUGGAAAGUAGCAUUCAACGCCUGAAUUUGUUACAACUAACAGAAACAAGACCGAAUUUAAGCGCACAAAUACAUUCUGCCCCAUUAUUAAGAGUAUUUUUAAGUUCAAAAGGCUUGUAUACAGCAUUAGCAUUAUUUUCAGAAGGACCUUUUAAAACUCUGCAAGAUUUGCAAUGGCAAUAUACGCUAAUUCCUCUAGUGACUAUUAUAAGUCAAUUAAUAUGGCCCGUAUCUGGAAACUUUGUAUUUGGGGAAUGGCUUUUUGGAAGUUGUCAACAUAUUGUCAUUCAAGAAUAUGUACGUUUACUUAAUAAAUGGUGCGAGUGGAAUAACUCCUCAAGACAAUUCAUUUUGGCCGUGUCUCUUUUGGACAAUGGUGAAGUACAUAAGGCUUAUGAUUUAUUUUUACAAUCGGCAAAUGGAGUUCAUACAGAACAAUUCUUAAUUGAACGAAUUCUUAAGAAUGCAACAAAUUUAACAUUGAACGAAGCUUUAGCUAAAUAUUACCUUAAAGUAAUUCAAUUAUUCGAGCAGCAUAAUUCUCUCGAUAAUAUAAUAGCUAUGGCACAAGUCGCAAUUGGAAUAUUGGACAAAAACGAUUCCCAAUUACCGAUGUUCCAAUCAAUUGUUUUUAAUAGUCACCUAGUUUUAGAGCACUAUGAGGAAGCCUACCAUUCGCUUAUUUUUAAUGCAGAACCAUCAAGAAGGAAAGAUUGUUUAAGGCAAUUAGUAGUUUCUUUGUUCAACAAAAAACGUCUUGAUUUACUUUUGCACUUUGAAUAUGCUGGGCUUCAAGAGGAAUUUGAAAAUAUACUGGAGUCAAGGGCUCGUUCUAUGGCUAUAGAAGAAAAUGAAGUUUAUAACUUCUUGUAUGCUUUUUACGUAAACAAGGACAAUAUGAGAAAAGCCUCAUCUUGUAUGUACGAACAAGCAUUACGUCUACAACUUGAAAGCGAUUGUUCUGAAUCAAUUCAAAAAAGAUAUGAUAGCCUAUUGAUGUGCUUAAACACCCUGUAUUUGGUAGAUGAACGUUUCCAGUGGAUCGUAAGACCUAUUUUGAGUGACGAACCCGAAGAUCCAGAUGCAAUGGAAACUGAUGAAACACAUUCUGAGCCAGAUGACGAUGGAAAGUCAAAAGUUACAGUCUAUGAAAUUAAAGAUAUUCGCAAAGAAUUGCUACACACUGAGGCUUGUUUAAUUUUAUCUAAACAUCGUCAAGAAGUUGGUACUUCUUUAAUAAAACUUGGAGUUAAAGAAUUAUCACAAAUGUUAUUGAACGCUGGGCAUUAUACUUCAGCUAUAAAAUUGUUGAAAGGUUUUGAUUUGAAUUUAUGUCCAGCUUUUGAAAGCUUAACAGCCGCAUGUGUUAGAACUGCUGAAGAAGGACCUUCUCAGCCAUGGACCUGGUUGCAGGAAAAUGAUUUAGCCGAUUUACCUCACAAAAACAAUGCGGCAGACACGGCUUGGGCGUUGCUUCAAAAACAAAUUGAAGAUCACGAAUUAACAGGUUUCACAGCUAUUCGAAAAGCGGUCGUAAAUAAAUUAUUGAACCUGCAAGUUUUUUUACCUCGAUGGUUAUAUAACUCAUAUAAGCACGACAAUGUAGCGGAACUAUUAAGAUUAUUUGUCAACCAUUCAAGGUUGCUGGAAGCUGCCGAAUUAACAAAAGAAUUAAUAAGAGCUGCGUUAGGUUCUGGUCAUGAAUACUUUAAUAUUAAACAUCCACUAGCGGCCAAUACCCCGUCUUUAUGUAUUCCAUUGUAUCCAAUUGAUCUUCUACUGUAUGGCUUGCGUAUUAAUUUCGACACAGAUGACGAAUAUAGACACGCUCAUUUGGAAUUAGAGGAACUGAUUGAAGAAUACGUUCAAACUGCUGGCAGAGCAUCUGAAGAUAAAAUUCGUCUAGCAAUUCAAUUAGUUGCACAAAAUAAAAAAGAACGCUUGAAAAUUGCAUAAAUUAUUACAAAUUUUUAGUGUUUAAGAACUAAUGGUUAUAAAUAAAAAAACU